AUGGUGCAUCAGGACCCGCAGGAGGUCGCCCAGCUUGUCAAAGCUUUAUCAGUCGCCCAGGGCCCCAAGAAGGAGGGGAAGCGAUUUUCUUGCAGAAAGUCGACCUUUCCUGUAGCGGGGACGCAGAAUAUCACGGUCGAUUCGUGGAAGUUUCAAGACUGGGAUUACAAGCGGGACGACCUUCCCACCUACGCUCGCGGUCUCUUCACUACUGUGACCAGGAAUGGGAGGUCUGAGAUAGCCGUUCGCGGAUACGACAAAUUCUUCAAUGUCGACGAAGUAAGUUCGACGAAAUGGGAAAAUAUUCAAACCAAUACCGUGGGUCCGUACGAGCUGAGUGUGAAGGAGAACGGGUGCAUAAUUUUCAUCUCAGGCCUAGAGGAUGGCUCUCUUCUGGUCUGCAGCAAGCAUUCCACUGGAGCCAGAGCUGACGUCAAUCUCAGCCAUGCAGUUGCAGGGCAGAACUGGGUGAGAAGACACGUCGAGUCCGUGGGGAAAACAGAACGGGACCUGGCGCUGGAGCUGCGUGCGAUGAAUGCGACAGCGGUCGGGGAGUUAUGCGAUGAUAGCUUUGAAGAACACGUCCUGGCCUACGAAGAAAAAGAUGCAGGCAUAUAUCUCCACGGUAUCAACUACAACGUGCCUUUCUUUGCAACUCUACCUGGCUCUGAGGUCCAUAGGUUUGCCGACCAUUGGGGCUUCAAAAAGGCCAAUUUUGUGGUAGAACAUGAUAUUUCAAAGGUUAAAGCCUUCCUAGAGGCCUGUGCAGAGACUGGCUCGUGGGAUGGCAGAGACACCGAAGGGUUCGUUAUCCGGUGUAAACAGCGACAGUCUCACUCUGGGCCAUAUAUCGACUGGUUUUUCAAGUACAAAUUUGAAGAACCGUAUCUUAUGUACCGGCAAUGGCGUGAGUGCACCAAAGCAGUCAUUGCUGGUCGACCUCCAAGGUACAAGAAACACCUGAAAAUUACAGAAGAAUACCUGACAUAUGCCCGGCGGCAGCUCCAGAGGGACCCUAAUAUUGGGAAGCGCUAUAAUCAAAACCAUGGUAUCAUCGCCAUGAGAGAAGGGUUUCUUAAGGAACGCGGCCUAAAGGGCUCAGAAAUCAUUGCCAUGGAAGCCGCCGAGGAAUCUGGAGGAACGGCUCCAGUGACAGACAAUGUUGUCCUUGUUCCGGUCGCCUCGAUCGGAUGUGGAAAAACAACUGUUGCCCUUGCUCUCGUCAAGCUCUUUGGCUGGGGCCAUAUCCAAAAUGAUAAUAUCCAAGGACGCCAGAAUCGACCCAGGAGAUUUGCCCAGGAGGUUUGUCGCUCAUUGUCGCUUCACAAGGUUGUUGUUGCGGAUCGCAAUAACCAUCAGAAGCGUGAAAGAAAGCAAAUUGUAGACGACAUUCGUCCCAUUGUUCCCGAGGCUCGAUUUGUGGCUCUGCAAUAUGUCCAUGAGCCCAAAGGCAAGCUUCUCAAUGGAAUUAGAAACGUCACUCGCCAACGGGUGCUCGAGCGUGGGGACAACCACCAGACCAUCCGCGCGGGGAGCAAGAGCCAGGACGAAAUCAUCUCCAUCAUGGAGGGGUUUUUGCACCGGUUUGAAGCUGUCAACACCGAUAAUGAACCCGAUAUCAAUUUCGAGGAGGUUAUUGAUCUCGAUAUCUUCUCAUCCUCACGGCAGAAUCUAGAAACCGUCGUCGCUACUCUUUACAAUGCUUACCCCGGACUGUUCGACAGACCCAUGCCAUCUGCAUCGGACAUGGACGACGCCCUUCACGCAGCCAUGGCCGACUACGCCGUGGACCUGAAGCACGACCUGAACUUCGCAGGCCCCAACAAGCCCGGCAAAGGCCCCAGCCACGGCCAGUCCGCACCAAACACCAUCGGCGGCAAGACCAUCGACCAACUCCUGAAGAAAGUCGAAUACUUCCGCAUCUCCCUCCCCACCUCCGAGAUCAACACCCUCCUCUCCUCGCUCUUCCACCCCGACACCCCCCCACACCUAUCCCGACUCUACAACCACCUCAAAAACUCGCGCCGCAUCCAGCCCUCCUUCCACGUCACCCUGGUCCACAAGGCCUCCUCCAGCGCGCACCCGGACGCCUGGGCGCUGUACACCAGCCUCUACGCCGGCGCGCUCCAGCAGCAACUCCAACUCCAGCUCCCGUCGCCGACGACCACCACCAGCCCCGCGCUGGGCACCGCGCGCGUGCGGCUCGAGCGCCUCGUGUGGAACGCACACAUCAUGGCGUUCGUGGCGCGUAUCAUGCCGGUGGACCACGGCGCGCAGCAGCAACAGCAGCAGUGUGUGCUGCCGGCCGACCUCGCCGUGUGGGCGUGCGCCAAUGCUAUCCCGCACGUCACGGUGGGCACGGCCGCGCCGGCGGUCAAGCCGCGCGAGAGCAACGACCUGCUGCGCGUGUGGCUGGAGCACGGCGCCGCGCCGGAUAGUGGGAUUAUGGAGCUGGAGGUGCCGGAUGUGAGGGUGCUGGAGGGCGUGGUGGGUGUGGUGUUGGGGAGGUGA